CAUCUUCCCCACCACUCCGCAAGCUCGCUCAUCUGCUGGCCUCCUCCCGACCCUUUCCGCCAUUCGAGCUUCUUCUUGCUUCCUGGUGCAGGUCUGGGUUGGCCUGCGUGGACAGGCGGCGAGCGAGCCAUGGAGAUGGCCGGCGUGGCGGCCGCGGCGGACAGCCCGGGCGCGGCGGCGGCGCGGCCGAGCCGGUACGAGUCGCAGAAGCGGCGGGACUGGCAGACGUUCGGGCAGUACCUGCGCAACCACCGGCCGCCGCUGGAGCUGGCCCGGUGCAGCGGUGCGCACGUGCUCGAGUUCCUCCGCUACCUGGACCAGUUCGGCAAGACCAAGGUGCACGCGCCAGGGUGCCCCUUCUUCGGCCACCCGUCGCCGCCGGCGCCGUGCCCGUGCCCGCUCAAGCAGGCGUGGGGCAGCCUGGACGCGCUCGUCGGCCGCCUCCGCGCCGCCUUCGAGGAGCACGGCGGCCGCCCCGAGGCCAAUCCGUUCGGGGCGCGCGCCGUCCGGCUCUACCUCCGCGAGGUCCGCGACAGCCAGGCCAAGGCGCGCGGCAUCGCCUACGAGAAGAAGCGCCGCAAGCGCCACCCGCCGGCGCACAGGCAGGCCAAGCAGCAGCAGGACGCCGGCCAGCACCACCACCACCACAACCACCAGGCGCCGCACGCCGCGCCCGCCACGGCAGCGGCGACCGAGAGGCGCGUGCUGCUGGCUGACAUGACCGAGCCGCCGGCGCCGCACUUCCUGAUCCCGCACGCGCACUUCCUCCACGGGCACUUCCUGGCGCCGGUCACCGAGCUGGCCGACCCCGCCGCGGGCAUUGGCGGCGGCGGCGGCACCGGCGAGGACUUGGUGCUAGCAAUGGCGGCCGCCGCCGAGGCGCACGCGGCCGGGUUCUUGAUGCCGCUGUCCGUGUUCCACUAGCUAGCUAGCUAGGUCCACUCUCCGCUGCCUCCAUAGCUCCAUGGGCUUAGCAGGGAUGCAAGCCUAGGUAAUUAGGCGUAAUUUAGCAUGCAAGCUUUGCUAAUGGCGAUCUGUCUGAUAUCUGCGCGCCGUUUGGUCAUCCAUCCGGCUUGGUGUUUAUGCGCACGCCUCCUCCGCCGCGACAUUGCCGGUGCAGCUUGCAUCAACAGCUGCUGGCUUUUGGUUGUAUUUUGGGUGGUUUUGUGUACGCAGGGAUAGAAUGGCUGGAUUAGUUGGUUCUCUGUGUUAUUCUCCAUAUGACUCGGCUCGGAUCUUGUGGGGAUUUCAUGUACAACAGCUAGCUGAUUUCAAUCGACUGAACCUUGCUUC